AUGUACAUGAGUGAUACCACACCACAAGUCAGACAAUAUGUAGUCAAUGAUCUUGCUACACCGCCUUGGCGAAGAGAAGCAACGGGAGGCAGCAGGAGGAAUUCUCAACUGUUCCUGCCUGUGCUGCUGGUGUCGCUCUGUCCAACGAUAAGUUCCUUGUUUUGCUUUUGGGGCAGCGACCUCUGUGAAGCAGAACUGGGGAAGAACACAGGAAGGUUCUGCGAUUUCAGGAUGGGCAGAUCUGAUGCAGGACCGACUGUUCAUGUGCGCACCAGACGUGAUCCUGUGGUUGACUUUUGCAGGAACUGGUGUCCACCACUUGUGGGGGAUGGGAAGAGGAAAACUGUGUACAUGCGCUUUGGGACAUUCCUGGCUCUGCCCUUUGCGCUCUGUGCUGGAUUAUACUUCCACCACAACAGAGGUCCUUCUGAAAAGAUGAAACAUUACUACAAGAGGCUGGACCAGAUAUAUGACUAUGAUGAUGAUGAACACACUGAAUCAGGAUGGAACAAGUCCUCAUGGUUCCUGCUGACAAUGUCAGUACUUGUAGUGGUGGUCUAUGCCUUCAGAUCAGUGAUAAGAAGAAAGCCAGAGUUGAUACCUGGGUCAGGAAUAGCAGAAGGUCUCAGACAAUGGGCUACACCAUCUCCAUCAGCAAAUAGUCCUCUGCCACCCAGUGGGGACACAGUGACAAACCUUGGAUUCGGGGCAGGACAAACUUCACCAACUCUUUUGAACCCUGAGUUUCACCAGAGGAGACUAGGAUCCUUCAUUGUCCAAAUUUACUUGAUGAAGGGUUCCAGGACUCCCAUCAAAACAAGCAAUCUUGGUUACCUGUCUUCCUUCCUGCUCAAUGCUGAUGUAUUCCUGUCCACCCUCCAAGAUGGAUUUCGUCAAUACUACUCGUACACACCCUCUACGAAGGCUAGGCUGGAACACCUAUGCCCCAGGUGCUAUGGACACUGGCAAAGUCAACACCAGCAAUGGCAUGCCCCUCAUGAUCAACUCCACAAUAACUGUCACAACUUGAGGGAAGAAACAGCUUCAGAGACUGGAGAAAAAACACCAGUGACUCUGGAUGAUACUGUGGAUCAGGAACCUGAGCUCUGUGAUGCUUGUCACAAUGUUUUUGAGCCCUUUGACACCCCAGUGAAGAAGGAAGAAGGCUGUGGGUGUGGUUGUGGGAAGAAACCAUCUUCCAACAAUAGGAGCCACUCAAUAAUGAGUACCCCUGUCAGCAAUUUUCUUGGAAUUCAGAAAAUGGAUCCAAUGUUCAACUUGCCAGGCCAAGGCCAAGUCAUAUCCUCAAUUCAAAGCUUCCCUAUGGACAAGCUUGGGGAACUUGCUGAGAUCCUGACUCCAGAGCAAAUAGCAGAACUGUGUUCAACUAUUGGAAUUGGAAAUAUGUUAUCUAUCCUAAAAUCCUCUUGCAACAUUUCUACUUUAGCUCAACUUUUCUUGGACUCAGCUAAAGAAGAAUUGGUGGCAGUAGUAACACAGGUUGAUCCAAUGGAGACAGUGGAGCUCUUGAGCCAAGGACCAGAUCUUUUCAAGGUCCUGCUAUCAUCUUUGGGUUCUGCCAGUCUUGUGCACUGCCUCAAGGCUUUAGGAGGGUCAACUUUUGUAAAUUUGCUGAGAAAACUGACUGUGCAUGGAGUGACAGCCAUGAUGGCCCACCUGGGAACAGCGCUAUUCAUAAAAUCUGUCACAGGCAUGGGGGCAAAUGCUAUCGCAAAUGUCAUCAAGUCACAGGGCAUUGAAAAAGCAGCAGAAUAUAUCAGACUAAAUGACAGAGUAAUUCUCCAUGACAGUAUGCCAAAAAUUCCAGAAAAGGAGGCUCAAGCUGAGGAGGCAAAUAACAGGAAAAGCACUUGCGAUUCAAAAGAAUCAAAUCAGUUUGAUGUGGACAAUAACUCCCAACAGGAAGAAAAUGUGAACAAGUUGGUGUCAAAUCCAACAAUAGCUGAUUCAACUUCUCAGCCUAAAUUGGAAUGCCCUUUCGCAUUCAAGAUUGUUCAAGUCCUUGCACCGUUGCAAUGGUGUAGCACCAAAAGAGUCAGUGAUGGUGUCAUUGGCCCCCAGCUCCAGCAGCACAUGGACUACAUGUGGGCGGUUGAACUGACAGGCCACAUGGAGCGGGAGCACAAGGAGAACAAAGUCGCAAGAAUGCAGUUUGACCGCCUGGCAGAGAACUUCGCAUCCGCCUUACACGACUUCCAAGAGUACCAAAGAGACAUCGUGACGCAGGAGCGGACC